AUGGCGCUCCGGGCCAGGGCAGGGGCCUGGACGGCGGGGCCCCGGCUGUGCCUGCGCUGGGCGCACGCCCUGGCCGCCAGUGCUGCUCCGGCCCCCAAGGCGGUGCUGCCCUUCGAAGCCAUCCCCCGGUGCCCCGGCAGCGAGUGGCUGCGGGUGCUGCGGGUCUGGCGGGUCGGGUGCGAGGACCUGCACCUGCAGAUGCAGGAGACCUUCCAGCAGCUGGGGCCCAUUUUCAGGUAUGACAUAGGAGGGAGACACAUGGUGUGCGUGAUGCUGCCCGAGGACGUGGAGAGGCUGAAGCAGGCGGAGGGCUCUCUGCCCCAUCGGAUGAUCCUGGAGCCCUGGCUGGCCCACCGACAGCUUCGUGGGCACAAACACGGCGUGUUCUUGCUAAAUGGGCCCGCGUGGCGCCUGGACCGACAGCGGCUGAAUCCAGAUGUGAUGUCGCCGCAGGCUGUCCAGAAGUACACCCCCAUGGUGGACAGGGUGGCGAGGGACUUCUCCAAGGCCCUGAUGGCGAGGGUGCUGCAGAACGCCCGGGGCACUCUGACCGUGGACAUCCAGCCCAGCAUCUUCUACUAUACCCUCGAAGCCAGCAACUUGGUCCUUUUCGGAGAGCGGCUGGGCUUGCUCAGCCAGAGCCCAAGCCCAGCCAGCCUGCACUUCAUCCGCGCCCUGCAGGCCAUGCUCAAGUCCACCAUGCAGCUCAUGUUCAUGCCCAGGGGCCUGUCCCGCUGGACCAGCGCCCCGGUGUGGGAGCAGCACUUUGCUGCCUGGGACUAUAUCUUCCAGUAUGCCAGCGACUGCAUCCAGAAAAUCUACCAGGAGCUGGCCCUCGGCCGCCCCCAGCACUACAGCGGCGUGGUGGCAGAGCUGCUCCUGCACGCGGACAUGACCCUCGACGCCAUUAAGGCCAGCUCCAUCGACCUCACGGCCGGGAGCGUGGACACGACGGCCUACCCCUUGCUGAUGACCCUCUUUGAGCUGGCACGGAACCCAGAGGUGCAGUGGGCCCUGCGUCGGGAGAGCCAGCUGGCGGAGGCCAAGAUCGCGGAAAACCCCCAGAGGGCACCUGCGGAGCUGCCCCUGCUGCGGGCCGCCCUCAAGGAGACGCUGAGGUUGUACCCGGUGGGUAUCACCGUGGAGCGGCAGGUGAGCUCGGACUUGGUCCUGCAGAACUACCACAUCCCCGCUGGGACACUUGUCCUCGUGCAACUCUACAGCCUGGGUCGGAACCCCUCCGUGUUCCCGAGGCCGGAGCUCUAUGACCCCCAGCGCUGGCUCCAAACGGGCUCCAGCAACAGGCUUCCCCACCUGGCCUUUGGCUUUGGCCCGCGACAGUGCCUGGGGCGGCGCGUGGCGGAGACCGAGGCGCUGCUUCUGCUGCACCACGUGCUGAAACACUUCCAGGUGGACACGCUCACGCAGGAGGACAUCAGGAUGGUCUACCGGUUCGUCCUGAUGCCUUCCACCAUCCCGCUCCUCACCUUCCGGGCCAUCGACUAG